GCCAAACUCGCACAACUGUGCCACAACAAUUCUCAGUUCGAUCACGGCAGCGGAAAGAGUAUAUUCGUGGCGGUCCCUGCCAUUGCGAUUUGCCGGGUGAAAAUGAUGCUGUUUCUCACAGAAAAACUCGCGGAAUAAAAACGUCGACGUGCUAUCCGCGACCGAUCGGUUAUCUCUGAUCAUUGUUUCUGCCCGCGAUGGGUCGUUCAAGUUUGCGGUCACGGCCUUUGUGAUUUUUUUCGUCCGAUUCGAUAAACAAACAUUUUGUGAUUUUUGUGAUUGCGUGGUGGUUUUCGCUUUUGUGCGUUUCGUUUGUCCGAGGAUGUUCGCGUGACCUGGCGAUUAGGACAAACGCUAUAGCCGAACUUCUACAAAAUCGCAGGGGCCGUCUGAAAAGGAAAAGAGACCGCCGCAAUGUCCGAGGGCUUAAAAUUUGCGGCCACCCUUUGUUUCCUCGUUUCGGCUACCCUCUCGUCGACCCAAGCCGGAUGCGAGUUCAAAAAGUCGUGGCAAGGUCGUUGGUUUCAAAGCGGAGUGCCAAACUCCCUGUUGAUCAACAAUACCCAUAUGGAGACGAAAGGCGAAUGCUACGAGGAACAGGGGGACAAAUAUUUAGUUUACGACAAGACCGAAGACUGCUACCGAUGCAUGGUACUCCACGUCAAACACCCCAGCGUGCUUCAAUACAAAGAAACUUACUGCGAGCCCAAAGACUCGCUUUCCGAGAUUUGCUCAAGGAUAGUGGGCGACGCUGCUUUGUACAGCAUGUUCCGGAAAUAUCCGGAGGUCAAGCCCAUCCCGUGUCCUUUUAAAAGUGCCCCGUUCACGUUCAGCUACAAUCGAGGCACCGGCGACUGCAAUAACCCGCCUAGCAGGGCUGAAAGUUGUACCGACGACUCGCGGCUGGUGCUUAAGUAUCAGGCUUGCCCGGACGUACCUUCGACAGAAAGCAACGUGGAGGAACUCGUGUGCUUGGCGACUUGGAAGGAAGGAUCGACCAAGUAUCUGAUAGGGAAGAUUUCGCAGGGUAACCGAAGGAGUUUGACGACCGACGAGGAUCAGUACAGAUGUUUUAUAUACCAGAGGGGCACGGAACACGGGAAGACGGUCUACUACGUCGCCCAGUCGGGUGAUGCGACCUGCUCGGGGGUGCAGAGCGCUACCGAAGGGAGUAGGACCAUGAAAUUGACUAUCGUGGAUGACCAGCACAAGCGUUGCAAGUUCCCAGUCUGGAUAACCGAUCACCAUACCUGGCUGAGCCUCGACCACCACAAGACGUUCAAGUUUUCGCAAAGAAAUGCGACCUUGAAAAUCCUGGACGACGACACUUUGAAGCCGACCAGGAUCCAUCAGAAUUUCGAGCAGCCGCAGUUUGCGUUUCAGGACCUGGGCAUGGAGUCGCAGGAUCAGAAACGCCAGAACUCGGAGAUGCGGCUCGUAUGCCACGGCAUCCUGCAGCAGCAGGAAAACAAGAAGGUGCAGAUCGUCGCACACAUCACGGCCGGAUGCGACAGCGGCUACGUCUGCAUGGUGUUCUAUAAGAGGGACUCGAACGUCAUCGAGAUGCAGCAAUCCGAAGACUACGUCGAGAACCCGGACGAUGCUUGCUCGACCUUCGAUGUCACAGUGACGCCGUUCGUCACGCUAGUCACCACGACGCUGCACUCGAAGAAAUGUCCGCAUCUCGGCCGGUACACGAUCUCCGCGACGACGACCGCCAUGGUGGAGAAACGAAAACGCAGGGAACAACCAGGAGACUCGAAGCUCGUCGUCGACGAAGCGCCAGACUGCGAAUCGAGCGACUACGACGCCCUCUCCGUAGGGUGCAGCGGCUCCCACGAGAUGGAGUUCCGGUCGGCUUGUCCGGAACAGCCGUCCAGCUCGUACGCGUGUCACGGUAGCUGGGAGGAAGAUGGCGUGUCUUACGUUAUAACGACGCCGGUGUCUAGGAAACAGCCCGAGUCUCUGCGCUUCUGCUUCAUCUAUACGCUGUCAAAUCAGCCGCAGCAGUCGGUGAUAGAGGGCGGGCUCGGCAAGGGCGAGGGUCCACCCCUGUUGCGACUAUCCAAGGUCACAGAGAGCUGUCACAGGCACGUCAAGCCCGGUAUCACGGGCAGCUGGGCCUUCAAUUUUACGAGCAACGGUAUGGCGAUAAAGUUUCCUUCUUCAGUGCAAGCGACGUUGCCGUUUUAUUCGUUUCCAGGUACGUGCGAUCAAAGCGACAACGUCAACGCCGGCCACGUGCUCUUGCCUGCCGCUCUAAUGGUCGCGCUCUCAAUCGGCACCGCGUUGGUCGUGAGAUGAUGAAAAAAGGCCGCCCUGCACACCCUGAGCGAGUAUUAAGCGUGUUUUUUUUUAUAGCGGAAAGGUGGUGUACCGAAGAAGAUAUGGAGAAAGACACCAUUUAAUUAUUAUUAUAUCGGCAUUCGGGAUACUGCAAAACAUUCCAAAGGCUGACGAGACCGUAGAUAUUGCGAUUACGUAAAUUCGAGUAUAAUCAACCAUCAACCAAACUCUAUAUAUGCGUAAGGAUUGCCUCAUAUUUUUCGUUAUUAGCGGCAUAUGAACGACCAGAUCGUUGUUUUCCGUCAAUUUCCGGCGCGCAGAUACGCGUCAACAGUCCAAGUUUGGGAUUCAAAACGGAUUUGCCAUACAGUAUGUAUAUCCCACUUAAGAACCGUACAUACUGGUGAAAUCGUUGUUUAUGGUUCGAUUUUGAUAUUUUUGUUGUUGUUGUUUUGCUUAUUGCUUCAACUUAAGUCUUUGAUAACGGUUUGAUGUUGAUAACUUUCUUAUCUUUCCUUUUACAUCAACCCGAAGCCAUGGAUAACUGCGACCAAUUUUUGAUGUCAAAUACCGAGAAGGGCUAUUGGAGAUUUUUUUAAGUGUCAACGAAUUCUUAUUCAGGGCUACAUAAAACUUAACUAUACCAAUUUCCAUAAAGUUCGCUUAAGCAUUACUCGUGUAGAACGCUUGUUUUUGCUUUUUUACUAAAUAUAUCUUACCAAAGAGAAAUGAAACUGUUGUUUCGUAUAGCAUCGACUAAAAACUCACACAGUUUUUUGGAGCGCAAAAUCUAGAAGUACUUUUAUAGAUUUUUUCAAAUUGAAAAUGACAACAGAUUCGUGUUCAGGAAUACCUAAAAGUAACUAGACCAAUGGCCAAAGUUUUUAAUGUUUUAAAAAAACAAUAUUCAAAUAUAAAUUAGCCAGUGAAUUUUACUGUCGAAUAUUCCGUUCUCCAUGGCACACUUGGUUUUUUUUAAGUCUGUUUAAUUUAUAUCUAAUCCUCUCUAAUCAUAUUUAAUUUUAAGGAAAUCGUUAGUGUCUUUCAGUGAAAUAUAUCUAACAAAAAAGAAUUAUCCAAAAUUAGUAUACUUAGGUAGCCUUAAUAGCCCUUCUCGAUAUUUGUUAUCAAAAAUUAGUCCCAGUUAGCCAUGAGUUCAGCAUGCGUUUUUGAAAAAAAGAAUUAUCAAUAUGAAACCGUAAUCAACGAUUUUACAACGAUAUUUCAAACCCCCUGUAUUGAAACAUUAUAAAAAUUGGUAUAGUUGGGUUCUAAGUACCCCUGAAUAAGAAUUCGUUGCCUAUUUAUUCCUUUACAAAUCCAUAAUAGUACUUCUCUCUUCUCUCUUUUUUGUUAAAUAGUCUCAGUUGGUCGUGAGUUGAAGCAAUUACAAAACAAGAUUUUCGUGUAUAUUUCAUAGACCUAUCCAACAAAAAAACAUAUUAAAAUCGAACCAUAAACAAAGAUAACAAGGGUGUAUAAUUCUUAAGUGGGACACACUGUAUAUAAGAUUGUUUCAGUUUUUUUGUAAUAUCUAAUUAUCGGAUACUAUUUAACGGAGUUCGUGAUUAUUUAUCAGUGGCGUACUAUUCAGCUAUUGCUGCGGACAUAUUAAAAUUGUAAAUGAAACGAGUUAAGAGUACUUUAAUGAAUACCAAAAUGUAACAAUUAAUUAAUUAAAUGUCCGAAUAUCGGUAUCCUGAAUUUCAGAGGGAAACAUGCAAAUUUUUUUAAGUUUAUAGGUUAUAUUUUCGUUUUCCAUAAAAUACUCCCAAUACCUAUAAAGUUAUAAUUGCAUAGUGCAAUAUUGAUAAAUUAAAUAGUUUCCAAUAAUUAAAAUUAAUUAAUAAAUCCGGUAUUUAACAUUGCUAAAUUGUUAUAAAGGUAUUCCGAAGUGAAAACCAUAUAAAGGACCGUAAAACCAGUCUGCAGAGCUCUACCAAUCAACAUAGCCUCGUUUAUAUAACCUGGUUAAAUAUAAGAAAUGUUCCGUGGUCUGAAAUUGACGCAAAGUUAUAAAUAUGUCGCUACUCCAUUUUACGCGGGCAGAUAUAGUUAGAAUGUAACGAAUUGGCCUAAAACGCGGUCUCUGGCAGAAUGUCGUGCAAUAUAUCCGCGUUUUUUAGACACUAAUAUUAGUCAAUUUUUUAAAUGUUUAAUAAAGGUAAUUUUAUCAUUGGGACGGCGGGCGCGGUCGGCGGACAUUUUGAGCUAUUUGUGAUCGAUACAAUUGUUGGCUUUUUAAUAUUAUCGUAAUUUUAAUAAUAAAAAAAAAUUAUAUAUAAUUUAUUUUGAAAUGGGUAUAUAUACGUUUAGUCGGUUAAGUGUAAAACGUGACGCCGCGAACUUCGGUGGAAAUUGGGCAAAUAGUUGUGCCGUUAAUUGAGGUUAUCGGUGACCAAGGAUCCUAACCUCAUUUGGUUGCGUAAUUAUUGGUCAGCGUCCCAGAGAUGUCGCGUAAAAACGUAAGUAGUUUAAAAGCACUCCCGUCGACGCGUACAAUAAUUAAUGCAAACGCCGAGCUUUACUAUACAACGAAAAACGACCUGUCUAUCGAUUCUUGCCGAAUGCAAAUUGUCUGUGUUUUAUAAGAUGCCCUUCCCGAUGGCCGAGUGCGUUUAAAGUAUUUUCGUGAAUUAUUUUUCAUUUGUGGCGGUUCCCGCGGUUGGCUCGGGACGAGACGAUGCCAGGAAUGUCACAAACGGUAGCCAUCUCGCGCCGACCUAACCUCAAAGGGAUUUAAACCUCCCCGCCCGUUUUCGAUGGAAUAACUAGGAACAGGUACUGUGAUUUCGAGUAGUCACAACGUAGAAAGAGACGGUCGCUGAAAGAUACUAUAUUUGUAGAAAUUCGCGUCUGAGUUAAACGACACUACGUACAAAGGCUUGGUGAUGCUUUCGAGUCGGCUAUGGCGAAAGUAUUAGUCGGUUCAUGGCGACGCAAAAGCCAUCCACCGAGUCGCCGAGUAUACCAAACGCAAACAAUUAUUGAACUAAAUAUGGGUAAAUUAGUGCGAAACAAAAAGGCCGUGUAGACUUUUUUUGUAAAUAAAAAGAAAACAAAAUGGUAGCCAGAUUAGUCACUAUAAUAAUGUUGACGGACGACGAUGAGAAUUUGGAGAGAGGGCCGGAUAUAAUAUAUUGUUCUUUAUCUUAGUGUUACCGCGAUAUUUUUUUAUGUAUUUAAACUGGAAGGAACGAUGAGUUUUUCACAGGCAAUGUACCGUAUGUACUAUAAUGUUUAUAAUUCUUAGCCCUUUUGACAGGAGGUGUUUGUAUAUUGACACUAUCGACGGGGGAACCCCGGGCAGCACCCGGGGGGACUUCUUCAGAGACCAAGGUCUGCGCACUUAGAAUACCCGAUCGAUAUGUUAGAGUUUAGUUCCCCUCCCCCCACACAUUUCUUUUUUUGUAUAUUACCUGUAUAUAUGUGUUAUAUAUAAAUGUUUCCGAUUAUAUAAGAACUUUUCCGUUUUUUUGUAACAUAUAAAUGUAUAAAAGACUGUGAGCGAAACGUUUAACUUUAAUUUUUUUUAUCGUUAGUCUAUAGUUGUGGCGAAAACCUAAAAAAAACGCGGCCACUUUGUCAUUUUUCGUUUCGCAAUAUUUAGUUUAAGGUUAGGUUGAUUUGACGUUCCUGUCGGGGCGGCGGUCCCGCGUUUCGUUCCGUUUAUUUAUUAUUACCCGGUUUUUGCAGCUAUAACGUCUCGAGCUUUGUCGUGGUGAUUUUUCCCUCUAAAUAUUUUUCGCAAAACUCUCAGAAUAAUAGUGUGUCCAACCAUUUUGCUUCUCGAUAUAUAAGGGUUACGAUUAUUAUAUUUUGACUAUGAAAAAUAAAAGGUGAAAAAAUUGCGUCUUUUUG